AAUCCCGCACAGUCCCACUUUUUAGUUUUCUGUAAUUCAUUCACCAAUAACUAACGGCCUCCCUCCAGCAGCACCAAGCAUUUUCUAGCCUAAAUAGACCCUAUAGGGAGGGAACAGGAAGUGCAAAGCCCUGAUGCUUUCUGGGAAAUGUAGUCUUCUAAACCGUAUUGUGUAGGAGGAGUGUCACAGCCGACUACACUUCCCAGAAACCCUGUGCAGUGCUGCUGUCCCUAGAUCAGAGCAGCAGUAACACUGUGCCCGUUGCAUUGUUUUGCUGGCAUUCCCCAGGACGGAUAAUUGCUGGCUGAUGAGAAUGGGAGAUGAGCAGGAGAUCAUGUGCAAGCUGGAGAGCAUUAAAGAGAUCAGAAACAAGACCCUCCAAAUGGAGAAGAUAAAGGCCCGUUUGAAAGCAGAGUUUGAAACGUUGGAAUCAGAGGAGCGCCACCUUAAGGAAUAUAAGCAGGAGAUGGACCUCUUGCUUCAGGAGAAGAUGGCACAUGUGGAAGAGCUGAGACUGAUCCAUGCUGAUAUUAAUGUGAUGGAAAACACAAUCAAGCAAUCGGAAAAUGAUCUGAACAAGCUGCUGGAAUCUACUCGGCGCCUGCAUGAGGAGUACAAGCCUCUGAAAGAGCAUGUGGAUGCCCUCAGGAUGACAUUGGGUCUACAGAGGCUGCCGAACCUUUGUGAGGAAGAAGAGAAGCUGUCCCUCGAGCCUGUUUGUCUUGUCACCAGCAGAUCCACCGCAAUGCGCCCAUUUGUCCACUUUGCAAAGCCAAGAGCCGAUCCAGGAAUCCAAAGAAACCAAAGAGAAAACAAGAUGAAUAGACCUUGUCCAUUCCGUCUGAGCCUCAGAUACUCUUUCCUUUCCCGAUACUGUUUCCAGUAAUAAUGUAACUGUGCUCGCCCCGAAUUCUGUGCAAUCUUGAACUGAACUUGUGGUGUUUUUCUAUUUAACGUGUUGUAAGCACAAAGGGGCCUGUUCCAUUACCAUGGCUUGGCUGUCGUGAGAAACAGCUUAGGGCUGCAAUACCAAAAUGAAAACGUGCACCGGCCCUAGGCUGCAGCUCUGAUGCCACCACACAUUCCCAGUGUUUGUCGUACAGUUAGGAGUCUUUUGGUGCUAUCAGUGCAUCUUGCGUUUUGAAAAAAGUCUUAGGAAGUGAUAUGAAAAUAAAGGCAGAUUCUUCUGGAAACUACGGCACAGAGAGUGAGAGAGAGAGAGCAAGACACUCAGUGUGCUGUGGUUAUUUGCCAAAUUAAUUGAUUAAAUAAAAUGUAAGAUGUUCAUACAAAAA